GGGGGGAGCGCCGAGCUAGUCAGAGAGUGAGCGAGAGCGAGAAGGAGGGAGAGGAGGAGAAAGAGAGCGAGGGCGGGCAGGCGGGAGGCGGCGGCGGCGGCAGCAGCAGCAGUAAUAGCAGGAGCAGCAACAGAAGGCGUCGGAGCGGGCGUCGGAGCUGCCCGCUGUGGGAGAGAGAGGAGAAAGAGCUAGCGAGGAGAGGGAGCCCGAGGCGAAAAAGUAACUGUCAAAUGCGCGGCUCCUUUAACCGGAGCGCUCAGUCCGGCUCCGAGAGUCAUGGCGACCGCAGCGUCUAACCACUACAGCCUGCUCACCUCCAGCGCCUCCAUCGUGCACGCCGAGCCGCCCGGCGGCAUGCAGCAGGGCGCGGGGGGCUACCGCGAAGCGCAGAGCCUGGUGCAGGGCGACUACGGCGCGCUGCAGAGCAACGGACACCCGCUCAGCCACGCUCACCAGUGGAUCACCGCGCUGUCCCACGGCGGCGGCGGCGGGGGCGGCGGCGGCGGCGGGGGGGGCGGGGGCGGCGGCGGGGGCGGUGGCGACGGCUCCCCGUGGUCCACCAGCCCCCUGGGCCAGCCGGACAUCAAGCCCUCGGUGGUGGUGCAGCAGGGCGGCCGCGGCGACGAGCUGCACGGGCCAGGCGCCCUGCAGCAGCAGCACCAGCAGCAGCAACAGCAACAGCAGCAGCAACAGCAGCAACAGCAGCAGCAGCAGCAGCAACAGCGGCCGCCGCAUCUGGUGCACCACGCCGCUAACCACCACCCGGGGCCCGGGGCAUGGCGGAGCGCGGCGGCUACAGCGCACCUCCCACCCUCCAUGGGAGCGUCCAACGGCGGCUUGCUCUACUCGCAGCCCAGCUUCACGGUGAACGGCAUGCUGGGUGCCGGCGGGCAGCCGGCUGGGCUGCACCACCACGGCCUGCGGGACGCGCACGAUGAGCCACACCAUGCCGACCACCACCCCCACCCGCACUCGCACCCGCACCAGCAGCCGCCGCCCCCGCCGCCCCCGCAGGGUCCGCCUGGCCACCCAGGCGCGCACCACGACCCGCACUCGGACGAGGACACGCCGACCUCGGACGACCUGGAGCAGUUCGCCAAGCAGUUCAAGCAGCGGCGGAUCAAACUGGGAUUUACCCAAGCGGACGUGGGGCUGGCUCUGGGCACUCUGUAUGGCAACGUGUUCUCGCAGACCACCAUCUGUAGGUUUGAGGCCCUGCAGCUGAGCUUCAAGAAUAUGUGCAAGCUGAAGCCUUUGUUGAACAAGUGGUUGGAGGAGGCGGACUCGUCCUCGGGCAGCCCCACGAGCAUAGACAAGAUCGCAGCGCAAGGGCGCAAGCGGAAAAAGCGGACCUCCAUCGAGGUGAGCGUCAAGGGGGCUCUGGAGAGCCAUUUCCUCAAAUGCCCCAAGCCCUCGGCCCAGGAGAUCACCUCCCUCGCGGACAGCUUACAGCUGGAGAAGGAGGUGGUGAGAGUUUGGUUUUGUAACAGGAGACAGAAAGAGAAAAGGAUGACCCCUCCCGGAGGGACUCUGCCGGGCGCCGAGGAUGUGUACGGGGGGAGUAGGGACACGCCACCACACCACGGGGUGCAGACGCCCGUCCAGUGAACUCGAGCGGGGGGAGGGGCAGAGCGCGGGGCUCCCCCUCCCCUUCGGUCCUUGGCCCUUUCCCGGCCCUCUUGUUCCCUCUCUAACUUCUGAUUGUUCUUUUAUUUUUAAUUAUUAUUUCCCCGUCCCUUAAAAAGAAAAAAAAAAUAAGGAAAAAGGAAAGCAACUAAGACACUGGACUAUCCUUUAAAGGUAGCAGGUGUAAUGAUGUGUUUUGACCUUUGCAGACGAGUAACCAGGCAAUGGAGUGGAGUGUCUCCUGGAGAGAGUGAGGAGAGUGUGUGAUAGAUAGAAAGAGAGAGAGAGAUAGAGAGAUGGCAAGCACUGAGAUAAAUACCUGGCAAAACUAAAUAAAUUACCAAAAAGGAAAAAAAUAUCCACCAAACCAUGAUAAACACAAGACGCAGCUUCCUGAUGCUUGGAGUUGGCACAUGCUGCUGUGUUUAUUUGAUGUGGAUUCCCAUCAGGAAAGAGGAAAAAAUACACACGUUCUUUGAUAUAGGCAAAAUUUAACCACAUAAAUUUGCACUGCAAGAAAAUUGAAGUUUACAUGAACAAAUUCAUGAACAUAUUUUCUCUUUCUCCCCACCGUUAAUUUGGGAAUUGCCGUUUUGGGGGAUUUUGUUUUGCUUUGCUUUAUUCAUCGGAGAGAGUUGAAGCCAGCUCUUGGCCUCUCUCCAUUUCUAAUGUUCUUGUGUUGCCCCUUAUUCGUACUGUUUGUGAACUUUGGUUACCUUCAGAUUCCCCUUACAAGGGUGUAACAUCUAUUUGUUCCUCUUACCAAAGCAAAACGAUUGGCUUCAUACAAAAUAGACAAUUCUCUGCUUUCAGGAAAUGUGCGUGGUCUACCCGCUUUAUCCAAGGCAAGAAUCCAGUUUGCAAUAUAAAAAUAAGCAUUGGUUGUUGUUACGAGCCACAAAGUAAACUUCAUUUUCAGGCAGUGUUUCUGGGGGAGGUUAUGGAGGGAAGAAAAAGAAAAAUCGAUAGUGAGUGACUGAUUGCUUCAUUUUAUCAGGCGGGCCCAUUGUGAAAGAGCUCAGAGGAAAUGUGGAGGUUAAAUAUAUUUCCAGAGUUGUCCAGCAGAAAGAAAGUGGCACUUUGAAGAGAACUAGGGAAGUAUAUAUCUUCAGAUAUCCCUAUAUAGUUCUCUACCUUCAGUUUUAGUAACAAUUAUGAAGAAUUCUUUAUGCUGACAGCAGCAGUUAAACUUUGUUUCUCUAAUAAGCUUUUUUUUUUUUUAACAUAAAAAAGGACCCACGAACUUAAUAGUGUAUGCAUAAGGCUGUGUUUUUUAGCACAUAAAUACCCACAGCAUACACAGACGAUCUCCACGCAGUAGACAGGUUUUGUCUUCACUAGCUCAUUUGUUUAUCAAGUCAUAUUUAGGGUCCCACGCCCUCUUUUCCUGUAAUUUAUUGCAGAAUAUACCACUUUGACUUGGACAGCUUUCUCCCCCCUCUUUCACUAAGGAAGGCAAAUGAAGGGGGAAAAAAAUGCCAUUUUCAAUCCUUCCUUUCUCCCCUUUGUUAAUAGUUUUAAGUGCAUUUUUGACCUUAUCUUGAUGGAAAACGGUUAACUCCAAACACAAAAGACUCUACUGGAAAGUGUAGGUGAAAAAACUUGUAACUGUAUUGAAAAUAAAUACCAUUAAACUGUGAUCAGUUAAAAUUUAAAAGAAAAAUCAGCACAAAAGGGCGCUAAAAGGGAAAACACUUUUUAUUAAUCUUAAAAGUUUGGGGUUUUUUUUUCCAGUUAGGUAUUAGAUAAAUUUUUAUUUUAAAAAAUGAAAGUCUCACUACCAUAAAAUUAUGGUUCAGCAUCAGAUUAGCAUUGCACUCAUUAGUCUUUAAGGUUUUAGGAAAUAUGCUUUAUAUUGUCUUUUCAAACACCUGUGAUUGUUUCAUUUUCAAUGUUUUUGCAAGAUAAAUGGUGACUUAUAAUGGGCAUAUUUAUUUGCCUGUAUUUCAUUUCCCCCAAUGAAUGUCACAAGGAGAUGGGCACGGAGCUGCUUCGGGUACAUCACGCUGCUCGUUCCUGAGGUAUGGGGACUGGCCUUUAGUGAAGCUAUCCAGAGCAGGGCAAAUAGCCACUGGUGAAGGGAGGAAAUGAAUUUUCAGAUACUUAUUACCAAGUAGGUAAGGUCAGAAGCUGGAGUUCAGAGGAUGUAUCUACAGCUUCUCUGACUCUUAUAGGUUUACUAAGAUGAAAGUUACCACUGAACCUUACCACUAUGUAUAUAUGUUUAAUAUCUGUCUUUUGAAAUGCAGAAAUAGUUUAAAUGUUUCUUUGUCUAUUUUUCUUUUUUUUAAUGCUACCCAGGGAAAUAUUUUCAUAUCAUUUUUAAGUGGCCUGCCUCAAUGUAUAUUUAUUUCUUUUGAAGCAAAAAGGUUCUGGAAACUGUUUUUCUGUAGCUUUAAAUGAAUAGGUGAGCAAAAUCUAUAUGGGAUGUAAUUUUUUUGUUCAGUCUCUUAAAAAAUACUUUGUUUUUGGUACAUUUGGUUGUGCUUGUGGGGAAAAUAAAAACGCAGAGAUCCUUAUAUAUUUAUGUUAAAGUAAUAUUUUAUUAUCUACAUAAAACAGAAAUGCACAAUACCUUCAUAGUUUGUUCUAAUUAUUGAAAUAUCUUUAUUUUAUUUUUAAAGAUAGUGCCAUCAAGUUUUAAGGGGGGAAAACCCUAGACCUUAAAUUGACUGAGUUGAGUUGUGUGUAAAACACUUCCCUUCCUUUAUACUUCAUAAAGUUUUGGAAUAAAUUUUAUGCAUAUACCGCCAGAUUUCAUGUUCAUAACUUUCAGAGGCUUUUUUUUUUUAAAUGGAGACUACUGGUCUAAUUCACUUUUCUUUGCAAAAACUAUUAGUCCCAAAUCUUUCAGCCACUAUGCCUGUAGCAUUAAAUAGAAAUGGUCAUUGGGUUUGAGCUUCAAUUUGUUGAGAUGUUUGUCCCCUUUAAAUAUGUGCAGAUAUGCCUGCAUCUUCUUUCCAGGUUAACUGUACUUUAUUCAAUUGUGCAGUUUUGGAGAACAUCAGUGGAACUAGGUGGACUUUAAUCUCUACCCACAGGUCCUCAUAUAAUUUGGGAUCUACAGAAAGGCAGGAUUUAGGAGAUUAUUAUUUUUAAUAAUUUACAAGUAUCUCUUAACAAAGAAUAACCCUGAUAGUAUGCUAUUGUAUGUUUACUAAAUAAUUAGAAGUAGAUCCUAUACAUUAUUCCUGUUUGGUUUGCAUAAAAAGAUGAAUUUUACAAUGGUUU